AUGUCAGAUAUUGAACUGCGCAAUAAGUUUGACGCUGCCUAUGAGUUCGUGGCGGUAAAUGAUGUGGAUUCUGAGUUGGAAACGGCUGCAAAUUAUCCCAAACAUGUUUAUCGUCGAGUAGAUUGGGUGAUCCUUCCUCUUCUUUGUGGGAUUUAUUUCUUACAAUUUCUUGACAAAUCUCUUUUAAAUUAUGCUGCGGUGAUGGGGAUCAAGGAUAAUCUUCGAGGGAACCAAUUCAGUAAUUUGGGAACCAUAUUGUAUGUGGCUUAUAUUGUGUUUGAGCCUAUAAGUGCAUACUGUUUCCAAGUACUUCCACCGGCAAAAUUUUUUGCCUUCUGUGUGACUGCUUGGGGGAUAGUGGUUGCUCUCCAUACGGUGUGCACAUCUUAUGCUUCGUUGAUGGUUAUUCGAGCACUUUUAGGAUGUUUUGAGGCUUGUGUUGCACCAGGAUGUAUCAUUAUUACCGGGAUGUGGUACUCGCAUCGCCAACAAUUGACGAGAAUGGGGUUCUGGUCGAUCCAGGCAGGAACAUCGACAAUUUUAGGUGGUCUUUUAUCAUUUGCUUUUCAACAUGUCGACUCGUCGAAGACUUCUCUUAAAUCUUGGCAGAUUUUUUUCUUGAUGAUGGGACUAAUAACGGUGGUUUUCGGCGUGGUGGUGUUUGUUUAUCUUCCUAAUAACCCGCUCGAGGCUACGUUUCUCGAUGAUGAACAAAAAAAAGUGGUUCUCAAUAAUAUUCGUGAAAAUGAAACCGGAACCGAAAAUAAAACCUUUAAAAAAGCUCACAUUUAUGAACUUUUUUUCCACGAUAAACAUACCUGGCCAAUGUUUAUUCUCACAUUGAUCACCAUGAUUCCAACUGGCUCCGUCAUAACCUUCAGCGUCACCAUUAUAGCUUCUUUUGGCUACUCCAGUAAACAUGCUGCUCUCAUGCAAAUGCCCGUGGGAGUGUCCACCAUAAUUCUGAUUCUUGGUGCCACCUACUUGUGCUCGUAUUUCAAUGGAAAGCACCGAAGCCAUAUUUUCGUUUCGCUUCUAAUUCCUGCCAUUAUAGGCUAUAUCGUGAUGCUUUCUUCAACCAACCAAAUCGGCAAUUUACUUUCGGUCUACUUGAUCAAUGUUGGAACCUGUGUUAUCACCAUGAUCUACGCCUGGAACUCGAAAAAUACAGCUGGCUAUACCAAAAGACUCGCCAGAAAUUGUCUCACAAUGAUAGCUUUUGCCGUAGGCUGUUUGAUCGGUCCGCAACUUUUUAGGGCUUCCGAUGCACCCCAUUACAGAAGAGCAAAGAUAACUCUUCUAGUGUUGUCAGCGGUGCUGAUUCCACUUGUAUAUGCCAUUGGACACAUUCUGAAAACGGAAAAUCGAAAGCGAGACCAACUUGAAGGCACCAAAGCUGAGCAAGAAUGGUACGAAAAAGUUGGCGAAAACUUUCAGUUCAAGGACUUGACUGAUGUGGAGAAUAUUCAUUUUCGGUACCUGUACUAG